ACACACAUACACACAUACACACACACACACUCCCUCUCCGAGCUGGACAGCGCAGCCCCUGGCCCGGCAGCCCGGCAGCGGAGGACACAUCCAGGCUUCCAUGCGCUGCAGCCCGCUGUGACAGUGGACCUCAUAUCGCCUUACUUUGUGGACAUGGGAGACAUGGGGGAUCCGCCGAAAAAGAAGCGGCUGGUGUCUCUGUGCGUUGGCUGCGGGAACCAGAUCCACGACCAGUACAUCCUGCGGGUCUCCCCGGACCUGGAGUGGCACGCCGCCUGUCUCAAAUGUGCCGAGUGCAGUCAGUACCUGGACGAGUCCUGCACGUGCUUCGUCAGGGACGGAAAGACUUACUGUAAACGGGACUACAUCAGGUUGUAUGGGAUUAAAUGCGCUAAAUGCAACAUCGGUUUCAGUAAGAACGACUUCGUGAUGAGGGCCCGUUCCAAGGUGUACCACAUCGAGUGUUUCCGCUGCGUGGCCUGCAGCCGGCAGCUAAUCCCAGGGGACGAGUUCGCUCUGCGGGAAGACGGGCUCUUCUGCCGGGCCGAUCACGAUGUGGUGGAGCGGGCCAGCCUGGGCCCCGGAGACCCGCUCAGUCCGCUGCACCCCGCCAGACCACUGCAGAUGGCAGCAGAACCUAUCUCGGCCCGACAGCCCGCGCUGCGGCCUCACGUCCACAAACAACCGGAGAAGACCACCCGGGUCCGGACUGUACUAAACGAGAAGCAGCUGCACACGCUGCGAACUUGCUACAACGCCAACCCGAGGCCCGAUGCCCUGAUGAAGGAGCAGUUGGUGGAGAUGACUGGCCUCAGCCCGCGGGUGAUCCGUGUCUGGUUCCAGAACAAGCGGUGCAAAGACAAGAAGAGGAGCCUGCUGAUGAAGCAGCUGCAGCAGCAGCAGCCCAAUGACAAGACGAAUAUCCAGGGAAUGACAGGCACCCCGAUGGUGGCGGCCAGUCCAGAGAGGCACGAUGGCGGCAUCCAGGCAAAUCCGGUGGAGGUGCAGAGCUACCAGCCGCCCUGGAAGGUCCUCAGCGACUUCGCGCUGCAGAGCGACAUCGACCAACCGGCCUUCCAGCAACUGGUCAGUUUCUCGGAAGGGGGGCCGGGUUCGAACUCGACGGGCAGCGAGGUAGCGUCCAUGUCGUCUCAGCUUCCAGACACGCCGAACAGCAUGGUAUCCAGCCCCAUCGAGGCAUGAGUAGAGGUCGCAUGGACGGACUGAACAAACCGCCCCUGUUCAUCCCAUCCCUCCCGACUGCACCAAACAACUCCUGGUUGUAUUUUGACACUGUGAAGACAAUCAUGGGAUUUUACCGCAGCGACCCACUCCGGUGUCCAUCCAGACAUAUGCGUCAUCAUGACCGGUGCCGCUUGUUCACACGCCUGGUUAUAGUUUUGCCAAAAGAGAAGACAUGAACCUGACUCCAUCGAUAAAUGGGACCUCUGAGUAGGAGAAAAAUCUAAACCCUGCACUCUCGAAAUGCUGUGCGCUACUUUGAAUAAAAAAUGACCGGUGAUUUUUUUUAAUUCGGUAAAGGCACCUCAUCAUUACAAUAGACCUUUGGAGGGGGACGGCACUGCUUUUCUUCAUCUAAUUACACGAUUCCAUCAGGACCCAAGUACUAAAGCAUUUGCAACAAGGUAUACCUCUAUUUUGCCACAAGCUUCGUGGGACAUUUGUGUGAGUUAGUGUCCGUCCGAGAAUAUUUUUUUUCUUUCCCAAAGAUGUGUAUAAUUAAGUUAAAGUUAGCCCUGGAAGAAAAUGUUUGUUUGUUCCCGUGCAACAAAAAUUAUUUAUUAUUUAUUGUCGACAAAUUUGCCACCUUUUGUGUAACUUUCUUAACUGAAGUAAAAAGAAACAAAAAAGAUUGUAGUUUGGUUUGUGGAUUUUCUAUUGCAAAUUUAAUGUCUCAUGUUUUCUUUAAUGAUUUACAAAAUAGGACAAUGAGGAGAGUUUUAUUGUAUCUAAAGGGAUUUUUCUGUUUGUGAAUAUUCCCACGAGGUGGAACAUCAGAUCUAUUAAAUGGCUGGGUGGAUUGUUGGCUGUGGUUAAUUAGUUUUCAAGUUGGUGCAGGUGCUGUCUCAGUUUUUGCUGCCUACCUGCUUUAGAACAAAUACUGCAAAACAGCUUAAUCUUAACAA